AACCGCGCUCCCAGGAUGCAGUUUGUGUCAACACGGCCGCAGCCUCAGCAGCUGGGCAUCCAGGGCCUGGGGCUGGACGGCGGCGGCUGGAGCUGGGCGCAGGCACUUCCCUCGGAGGAGGUGUGCCCGCCGGAGCCGGCGCUGCGCGCGGACAUGGCCGAGGGGAUACCCCCAAUGCAGGCUCAGGAGUGGGACAUGGACACGCGGCGGCCAGUGCCUUUCCAGUUCCCACCCUUCCCAGACCGGCCCCCCGUCUUCCCCGACCGCAUGAUGCGCGAGCCCCAGCUGCCCACCGCCGAGAUUUCCCUCUGGACCGUGGUGGCGGCCAUCCAAGCUGUGGAGAGGAAGGUGGAUGCCCAAGCCAGCCAGCUGCUAAACCUGGAGGGGCGCACGGGGACGGCCGAGAAGAAGCUGGCCGACUGCGAGAAGACGGCCGUGGAGUUUGGGAAUCACAUGGAGGGCAAAUGGGCCGUGCUGGGGACGCUGCUGCAGGAGUACGGGCUGCUGCAGCGGCGGCUGGAGAACAUGGAGAACCUGCUUCGCAACAGGAACUUCUGGGUCCUGCGGCUGCCCCCGGGGAGCAAGGGCGAGGUGCCCAAGGUUCCAGUGACCUUUGUCGACAUUGCCGUCUAUUUCUCGGAGGAUGAGUGGAAGAGCCUGGAUGGAUGGCAGAAGGAGCUCUACAACAACCUGAUCAAGGAAAACUACAAAACCCUGAUGUCCCUGGAUGCGGAGGACCCAGCCCCCAAACCAGAUGCUCCGCCCCAGGUCGAGCCAAGGGAAGAGCCGUGUGUGUGGGAGCAGCGAAAUCCCGAAGAGAGAGACAUCCCAAUGGAUCCGGACACAGGAGUGGAGCCCCUGAUGCCCGCACAGGAUGUGACCUCUCAGGUGAAGCGUGAAGAAGCCCUGAGCAUUCGGAACCAGCGGGGUGUGGAGGAGGCAGAGCCCCCCACAGAGCCCAUCGCCGACUCCCCGAUCUCUGCCCAGGACCUGUUGUCCCGGAUUAAGCAGGAGGACCACCAGUGUGUGUGGGACCAGCAGGAUUUGGUGGAGAGAGAUAUCCCAACGGACCCCAAUUCAGAGUCUCUGCUUUCAGCACAUGACAUUCUGUCAUGGAUCAAGCAGGAGGAGCAGCCGUUCCCAUGGGGCCCUCGCGACACAGUGGAGGGAGAGCUUGGGUUAGACUCCAGCACUGGUGACAGCCUGCUGAUGGUGAAGAACCCACCCCCGGCCCCGCCGCAGCCCCAGCCCCAGCCGCAGCCGCAACAGCCGAGCCUCCCCCCAGCCCCUGUGGCUGAGGGUGCGGGUGGCCCCCCGAGCCGGGGUGCGGGUGGGGGGCUAGAGGGCGGCUUCCCGGCGCUGCCGGGGGAAGGGCGCCGCGGGACGCACGCUGUGGAGCCAGGCGGCCGAGGCCGUCUUGGCCGGGAGGCCCCUGAUCCUAGAAUGCAUCGCGCGUCUCCCAGCAUGCACUUGCGUCAACACAGCGGCGGCGGCUUCCAGAGGGGUCCGGUGUGGCCCGGGAUACCAAGUAGCUCGGGUGUUGAGGGCGACAGUCACCAUGGCGGAGGCAGCGCCAGCGCGGGUAAGAGGCGCUUUUGCCCUGGCCGAGGGCGCGCCCGGCCCAGGGCGGGCUCCGUGUCCCGGACUCAGUGGGGGCUUGGUCCCCGGGGCUGGGCCGACGCCACUGGACACCUGCCCUGCUCCCGCGACCCCGACGCAACAGAAAAAAGCUCAUACCUGCAGACCACAGAGAUCUCACUCUGGACUGUGGUGGCUGCCGUCCAGGCCGUGGAGAAGAGGAUGGAGUCCCAGGCUGCCCGGCUACAGAGCCUGGAGGGACGGACAGGGACAGCUGAAAAAAAGCUGGCCGACUGCGAGAAGACGGCCGUAGAGUUCGGGAACCAGCUGGAGGGCAAGUGGGCCGUGCUGGGAACGCUGCUGCAGGAGUACGGGCUGCUGCAGCGGCGGCUGGAGAACAUGGAGAACCUGCUUCGCAGCAGGAACUUCUGGAUCCUGCGGCUGCCCCCGGGGAGCGAGGGCGAGGUGCCCAAGGUGUCCAGGUCGUUUGAGGAUGACGGAGUCUGUCUUUCAGAGCAGGAAUGGGAGAACCUGGAGGACUGGCAGAGGGAGCUUUACAGAAAUGUGAAGAGCAACUGCGAGACUCUGGUCUCUCUGAAGGUCCUUGGCCAGCCCGAUGGAGAAGCAGAGUUGGGUGCAGAGAUGCUGGGUGGCUUGGAGGAGGAAGGCCCUGGCCGUGCCCACCCAGCAGACAGGGGCAUGAUCAAACAGGAGGUACAGUACCAGCAGGAAGGCUUUGAGGAGCUUUCCAGAGAGUUCCCGGGCACAGCCGAAGAGGAGGCUCUCCUGAGCCCAGCGCAGGCGGCGCUCUGGGAUAAUCAGGGCAGCUCUGUCUUCACGGAGUCGGGCCCCAGGGGCUUGGAUCCAGGGGGGCCCAUCGAGAGCAGUGGAGACCUCAGCAGUGGCAGGAGUCUGGGUGGCCGCCAGAAGCAGGCAUCCAGUAGGCAGGUGCGACUGUGUCGGGAGCGGGGGCCGGGCCUGCCGCUUCAGAGGGACACCGCAGGCCCCUACGGGUGUUCUGAGUGCGGGGUCGACUUCCGUGGCAAGCAGCAACUGGCCGUGCACCAGCAGAUCCACUCGGGGUGGGCGUCUCAUGCAGACCCAGAGCCCACGGAGGACCUUCCGCCCAGGCCGAGACUCAAGCCCCAGGCCAAGAAGGCCAGGCUGCACCAGUGUGAUGUGUGCUCACGGAGCUUCGGUUGUAAGGUGAGCCUGGCAACCCACCAGCGCUGCCACCUGCAGGAGGGCCCCCGGGCCGACCCACGCACCCAGGAGAGGUUCUCACCCAACAGCCUUGUCGCCCUGCCCGGCCACAUCCCCUGGAGGAAAAGCCGGAGCACCCUCAUCUGUGGCUACUGUGGCAAAAGCUUCAGCCACCCGUCCGACCUGGUGCGGCACCAGCGCAUCCACACGGGCGAGCGGCCCUACAGCUGCCCUGAGUGCAGCAAGAGCUUCGUACAGAAGCAGCACCUCCUGCAGCACCAGAAGAUCCACCAGCGCAAGCGGGGUGGGCCGGCCCUUGAGCCUGGGAGGCCCAAAGGCCUGCUUUAAGGGGGCCAGCCCCUCGCCAUCCGGGGGGCGGGGGGCGCAGCACUGGUCUCCCUGCAGAACCACUGCAGAGGCAGGUACUGGGCUCACUCCAAGGGGAGGCGGGCAGGCAGGCCCAGUCUCCAGUGGUUUGCCUUUCUCUGACCAGGUCACAGGUGGGCCCAGCAGCUCUCCUGAAGCCACGUGGGGCAGAGGUAUCUGGGGCCAGGCCUCUGCCACCUCUUCACCUGUGCUGUCUCCCACCUGUGCUGUUACUCGGGCAGUGGAGGUGGCUCUCCUGAGGUCCCCUUCGGGGGCCAGGAAGCCAGGCCCAGCGUGUCUUCCUGUUGGGGUUGGGUGGGGCCAGAGGUGGAGCAGGGUAUGGAAGAGCUCUGGGAGGCACAGCCUCCUUCCCUCCUUGUGUUCAUCAUGCGUAGAAGUCACUGUUGGUGAACUGCUUAUCCUGCUCUGAAGAACCUUUGGAAUCGGAUUUUUAUUGAUUUAAAAGAAUACAGGCCAACACUUGUUUUUUAAAUUUCGAGGGUUGUUGAAGUCGUUCCUGACAUGGGGACUGGGCCUGCCCUCUAGGAGGGAAUAGUUAUGGGGCUCCUGGAGCUCACACGUAGGUCAGGGAUCAGGGGACAGCAUGCUGGGUGCCUCUUGGGGGCACUAGGCACUCUUCACGGGGGCUCCUCAUCUUAAAAGACCAGGAGGAGGAGAGGAGGAGGCUAGCGCACACCACCCUGCCAAGAGUGAACGCUCCGGUGCGACCUCUGCUCUGGUUCUGGGCUCGGGCUUCUCACUGCACGUCUCUUCCAGCCCCGUCCUGCGCGAGGCCCUGUGGCCUCGGGGGUGGAAGCCUGCUUUGUUCCCUAAGGUUGUUCAGAUUGGCUGAGCUUGUUCAGACUGCACCAGUUAUUUGAGAUUGUUCCAAUUACACAGUUUCCAAGAUGGUGGAGAAAAGGCACAUGGCUGCUCGUCUCAGGAGUAUGAAUGGGAGUGGGCUCCUGGGCCACAGUGAAUGUCCCUGAUGAUU